UUGUCUUGAACAACACAGUUUUAUAUUAUAAAAGAUGUCAGCGCCCAUAUGAAAAUGUGCUCUCUUGCACUGGUGACAUUUUCCGGCGAAUAGAAGACUUUGCUGUCGUAUUGUGCAAAUUUAGAUGCCCUUACUAUCUGGUAAAUUCGAAGAUGUCAGCACUAUCGGGGAAAACAACACGUGUCAGAAAAUCUAACCUCCAGAAUGAUGAAAAAAGGAAAGAGGAACUUCUGGAAGCAGCAAGGAAACGGGUCGAAUGUGAGAGAAGAGCAAUGAAGAUUGUAGAGCGCCUUCUUGAAACAUCCAUCUCAAAGUCUUUCUUUGAAGAUUGUGGUAAAUACAUCACCAGUAAGCAGUUUGAAGAUGUGGCCGUUGAGAGAGCUAUCGAGAAGCUCUGUGGCUAUCCCAUGUGCGCCAACAAACUAACUAACAUCCCAAAACAGCAAUACCACAUCUCACUCAAGAGUAAGAAGGUCUUUGAUAUCACAGAGAGAAAGAACUUCUGCAGUCAGAGAUGUUUUCAGGCUUAUAAGUAUUACCAGGCUCAACUCAACGAUGAACCUGUCUGGUCGAGAGAUCAUAAAAACAUCCCUCGUAUCAAGCUGUUUGAGAAUGAUGCCAGCGCUGCCACCAACACAAGUCUCAAGCCUCAGAAUGAAAUCAUUAUGAAACAGGAAGUGGAAAUGCCAAAUGCCAAAGAGCAAACAGGAGAGGGCCCUUCUCAAGGCCAGGAAGGUCUGACUUCUGGAGUAUCAGGAAUGGGUUUGGGCAAGUCAGAUGGAGAGAUGGAUCAGAGGAGGAAGGACCAGGAUAAGAGAAGAGAAGAGAUGCUGAGAAGAAUUGCAGAGUCUGUGGAAAGACCUACAAAAGAAGGACAGAAUCACAGAACGAAAGAUUCCAGAAGCCAUGAUGGAGGUCCAAGGCAUGUUGCUAAAUCCCUUUCAUGUACUGUUGACAAAGAACAAGAAGUGACAAAGCAUACACAUCCACCUGAUGAAUUACAUUUGUCCAACCAGAGCAAACUAGAUCAGACCGCUUCUACUGUUGAUAUUAUCAAUGAGAAGUGUGAAGUGCCAAACAAAGAGAAUAUUGCUAAAGAUGGAAUGGAUAAACUAAACCAGAUGAAAUUGGUUCAGACUGGAUUAGCAGAGAGUAAAGACAGUGUUGAUUUGGAGGAAGAUAUUGCUCCAGAGGAAAUGAGAGAGGAUGAUACAAAGAAAGCUGAUGAAACUCGGCCAAAGAAGUCCCUUUCCUCCUCAGAUCAAAGAACGAGUCACGAGAAGAAGAAAGCUAAAAAGAAAAAGAAGAAAGUGACUUCAGCUGAAAAUCCAAUGCUUGUCAUCCUGCAACACAUCCAACAGUGCAUCAUGGAGUGGAGAACGGAUGAAACACUGAGACACAUCUAUGGUGGGCACUUCACAAAGUCAGGAGACCAAGUAUACUCUGGUGACUCUGAUACUGGUAAAGAUGGCAACCUGAAAGAUGGUGAUCAAGACCUCAAGAAGAAGGCCCUCAAGGAGUUUGAGAAGCGGGUAGGAAAUCGUCUGGACCGGGAAGAUUUACGAGAGGGUGCCUUUCCUGCCCCGUCCAAACCCAUGCCAGACUUUGACCGCCUCCGCAGGGAAGAAGAGGAGAGGUACGCCUUGAGAGUGAGGGAGUUCUUCAUGGGAGGUGAGAUGACGGCUCCUUCCGAACCUGCAGUGAAAGACGAAGAAGAACCUCUAAAGCCUUUGGUGGAAUCCAUUGUAAGAGCAGAAUCACUACCACCUGUAGACUCUAGAGCACAGCUGACCAUCAGACGAAAGAUCAUACUUGAUAAACUUGGUGCAAUCUUGCCGGGCAUUGCAGUCUCUCUCCAACUGUCUGUCCAUGAGGUCAAUCCGUUGAUGACCGAUCUGGUCAGGACAUUCCACCCUGGUAACCAGAAUAUCUCCUUCAAACCCAUAGCAUGGACUCUACUUACAGUUUUACUCAUCCAUAUGUAAGUACAUACGUUCUGUUCCAUGAUGUCUCUAUACCUCUAUUCAUGAAGAUACCUUUACUCUAUUGUUGUGUAUGCGAGGGACAGGGUUAAGUUGUCUGCACUCUGAGGGCACAUACAAUUAAAUUCACAAUUAGGUCUUGAGUGAAGUCUACCAAAAGUUGUAUCUUAAUCUGGCGCAAAUAUUCACUACUGAAUGACACGCGCCUUAUAAGCUAAAACAACAACAACAACAACAUUAAUUUUUGAGACACACCUACUCGACUUUAAAUCCU